AUGGACCAGACAAAUGUAAGUGUGGUAAAAUAUUUCAUCAUCGCUGGGAUCUCUGAGGUCCCUAUGAUACGCAUUAUUAUUUUUCUUUUGGUUCUCCUUAUUUUUGUUCUCACAUUCGGUGGCAACUUGUCUAUUGUUCUCCUGGUCUGCCUGGACCCUCAGCUCCACACCCCCAUGUAUUUCUUCCUAUGUAACUUGUCCAUUGUAGACAUCACUUGCUCAACAAACAAUUUGCAUAACCUUCUUCUAUCUUUCUUAUCAGGAGAUAACACUGUUUCAGUCCUGAGAUGUACAGUUCAGAUCUUUAUAUUUUUGUCCUUGACGUGUGGUGAGCUUUUAAUCCUGGCUGCCAUGAGUUACGACCGAUAUAUGGCUAUAUGUAAUCCUUUGCAUUAUAACAUGAUCAUGAAUGGUAGAUUAUGUACACUUCUAGCCAUCAUGUGCUGGGGAAUGGGCACGGUGGAGAGUAUCCCCAUUUUCUUGGAAUUACUCAGAGUCUCUUGUUAUAAAUCCAACAUGGUCAACCACUUUUUCUGUGAUAUAAUGCCGGUGCUGAAGUUGUCUUGCAGUGAUGCCCGUUUCCUAGACCUUUAUAUACUCACUGUAGGAGUUGUCAUUUCAGCUUUUUGUCCUUUUCUCAUGACAUGUGUUUCCUACGUCUUCAUUAUCGUAACAAUCCUCAAGAUCCGCUCCACCACCGGCAGGCGUAAGGCCUUUUACACAUGUUCCUCACACCUCACGGUUGUCAGUCUUCUCUACACCACUCUUGCCAUCCAGUACAUGAGGCCACAUUCCUUGGUCAACUUAGGAUCAAACAAACUGAUAUCUCUGUUUAACACGGCGGCUGUUCCCAUAUUAAAUCCAUUGAUUUAUAGUUUAAGAAAUAAAGACAUCAAAGCUGCUUUUCGAAGGAGGAUGAGAUGGGAUUUUUUUUAG